ACCCCACAACCACGUGCUUCAACCUUCACACCACACGUCAUCAUGGCAUCCGUCUCAAAAGCUCCUCUUGUCUGGAUAGACUGCGAGAUGACUGGCCUGAACACCGACAUUGACACCAUCAUGUCUCUCGCCGUCUUCGUCACUGAUGCGGACCUCAAUUUCCUCGAUGAGACAGGUUACGAAGCCAUCAUCCACCACGACAAGGAACAACUCGACCGCAUGGGCGAGUGGUGCACACGCCACCACGGCCAGUCAGGUCUGACCCAAGCCUGCCUCGACUCCACCACCACCGCAGAAGAAGCCGCAGAAGGCCUGCUUUCUUACAUCAAAAAGUAUGUUCCCGAGCGUCGUAUUGGGCUCCUAGCUGGAAACUCGGUCCAUGCCGACAAGUCGUUCCUGGUAAAAGAGCCCUACAAGAUUGUCGUCGAUCACCUCAACUAUCGCAUCAUGGACGUGAGCAGCAUCAAGGAAGCUGCGCGUAGGUGGGCACCCAAAGCAACGCUCAACAAGAUUCCAAGGAAGCAAAUGCUUCAUGAAGCGCGCGCUGAUAUCCUGGAGAGCAUUGAGGAAGCGCGGUAUUAUCGCAAGACCUUUUUCGUGACGCCACCGAGCAUUGCGGAGGCGCAGAAAUAAUAAGUAUCGACAUCCUGCAGUACCUUGAAAUACUCAGGUGAGCGUCUCCAUUAUCUGUAACCAUAUUCACGGCGCUCUACAAUCUCAGUACAAUAUUGUGGAAGUUACACCCUUUUCGGGCAGAAAUACUCUCCUAGAAUAGCAGUGUAGAUGUAUAAGGAUACAAAAUGAUGAUACGAC